AUGACAUCAAAACAUUCCGUACUUCGAGCAUUAAAAUGGAAGGAUGCAUUUGGGAAGGCAAAGUUCCCGCAGCUAGGGAACGAAAUUCCUGAAGGGCCGGGUAGCAAAUACACAAAUUUUUCGUUACAGCAUAUUAUGGAAAAAUACAAUUUUAUACCAUCCAUGCUUGUCCAAAGAGAGUUUUUGUUACCUCUUUGCCUAAAGAAUCCUACGCUUGUACAGGAUGCGUUUCUCACCACCCCAAGAUACAGCUAUACCAUAGAGACGAACUUUUCGCACCCUAGCGGUGAGAAACCAGAACCUCUAAAGGAAAGUGCCGCUACCGUCACAAAAGGACACUAA